AAACUGCCAUCAACAGGUGGGAUUGAAAACGUCGAGCCGCAAUGAUGACCGAGACGCGGCGUCCACGGCUGCCAGCAUGUAAGAGCUGCUCGCAAAAAAAGGUCAAGUGCGACAGCACCCGCCCAAAAUGCCACUGGUGUGCUCGCAACAAGGCCGACUGCCUCAUGUUUGACUCGGCUGGUCAGCAGUGGCUGUCGAGGAGCCUGCUUGACGAGCUGGAGCGCCAAGAGGCCGCGCUGUCUGCAGCAUCAACCGCUGAGGCAGCUCCAGCCACCGUAACAGCUCUCCCACUAGCCAUAGCCUCGGCGACGGGACACACCCCAGGGUUGCAUGGCGCAUCACCAGCCACCAGCCACCAGACCCCCGCGGCCAGUCACCCGCCGCCUAAGCACCCCACGCCCUUCGGUGGCUGUCCAUCCACAUCCACCGCCGCCCGCCCUGGCGCUGGCCUGGGCUUCAUCUCGGUGCUCUUUUCCGAUCCUGAGUGGCGCCGCACCAACGAAGACCUCCUGCGGACGCUGGCCGGUGCUGCCGGAGCCCCCUCGGCUGGCGUCGAGGCGUGUCCGCUGUCCGACGCCGCCGUGGCCAAGGGUCUGUUCGAGCGCUACAUCAACUGGUCCCAUGUCCUAGCGCCGUUCCUCCUGCGGCGGGAGGUCUGGAAGCUCUAUACGCGCGUGUAUCCCGAGGCGCCUCGGCAGCCAUCUUCUCCUGACCCGCACGAGCUAUUUCGAGCCCAUAUUAUCUGCGCCAUCGGCGCCGUAAUCCCAUAUCGCAACGGUCAGCAUGGCCAGCACCCCGAGGGUUACUACCGGGCGGCGCUGCAGCACCUGGACUCGGCCUUUCUGACGCGCGGGCUUGAUUCGAUCCAGGACCUCCUCCUCAUCUGCCGCUUUGGCGUCUACCACCACAUCGGCAUUUCCAUCUGGGAUAUUGUGCGCCUCUGCGUGCGCCUGUGCGUUGAGCAGGGCCUCCACUCGGGCGAUGGCGAGGACCCGGCAGAUCCGCUGCUGAACCAAAAGAAGCGCCGUAUCUUCUGGCAGACUUACUUAAUGGACCGCUACAGCUCCACCACGCUCGACCGUCCCUUCGCCAUCGACGACGGGGACAUUGAGGUCGGCUUCCCGGCCGAUGCCAACGAUGAGGAAGUAGCCCUGAUGGGUACCGGCGCCAUGGAAACACCCCCUCUUGCAGCAUGGGAUGUCGCCGCAGCGGCCGACAAGCCGAGCGAGACCAGCGUUUUUCUCUUUUGCGUGCGCCUCCGCCAGGUCUCGUCCCGCAUCCACGUCGAGAUCUCGCGCCUUCGUCAGGAUCCCGUGGUGCAGUCCCAACCGCAUCUCGCCGUUGGCCGCAUCUACACAACGCUCAACCGCCUGCUGCAGGACCUGCGGGCGUGGCGUGCGAGCGCUCCGCUGUCCUCGUCGCUGGCAUCAACAGCGGGCUCCCCAACGCAGCGCCAGCCGCCGUGUCUGUACGAGAGCCUGGAAUGGUUUGAUCUGCUGCACACCCGCGAAAAGAUGUCGCUCCUGCGCAGGGUUGUCGAUCUCGUCCCCAAGGCCAACGGCGCCUCUCCAGCACAUAUCCUGUCCUUGUUCCUCCGCACCUCGCUCGAGACUAUCGAUUGCUAUGUUGCCAUGUCGCGGCGCGGCGCCUCUGUCGUUCACACUCGGUCCUAUUUCCACCUAAUGUUUGUCAGCGGCGUUUCUGCCAUGUACUGCGUUGCCUCCUCUUUGGCCGCCGCCGGCACGAACGACGGGUUGAGUGCUGGCGCCGAAGUGGAUGCAGCAUUAAAAUCCGAACCCGGGCUGGGCCAGGACGUUGUUACCGUAGCGCGUGGCCUGCGUGUCUGCGAGGAGAUUCUGGUCGUCAUGUCGGAGCAGCUCCCCGGCGCUCCUGCCUACGUUACCGUCUAUGGUGCCUUGCGUCGCCACAUCACCCGUCAACUCCAGCUGGCCGUGCCUCACGCCGCGCACGAACUAGGUCUCCUUGUCGACGCUAUCCCAAACUCUGCCGCUUUGGAUGUCGGACCCGAGGCAGGCGUUGCGGAACACCUGCGACAAACUAACACGACGGCAUCAUCCCCGUCGACCACCGCUGGUCCGACAAGCAUUCUGGCAAGCUCAGACGCCCAACCGUCAGGGGGCCGCGAAGGGUUGCAAAACCACGCACUCGGCUACGGCGAUGGGAGCACGGCUGUCCAUCACGCUGGCUACGAUUGGAUGGACGACCAUGGCCAACACCAUGCACCUACCUCUGCGCCAGGCUUUCCCUUUAACCAAUCCUUCGGCGGAGCGGCAAUGCCGAUAGAUCCUAGAGCUGGCGGUGGGCUUGGUCCCGCAGGCAUUCAGCAGCUGCCCCAAAUGCCACAGGAAGACCUGCUGCAGUGGGUGUUUACUAAUGACGAGUCCAUAUGGGGCAUGGACAUGAUGCUUGGGGAAUACGUCUACGGCGAUCCGAGCCACGGCGGAUUCCUCAACCGGGUAGACCUGUAGGUGCAGCGUGGAAGCAUCGGCGGCCCGGAGCUAGGCUGCGGGACUUUUGUACACUUUGCGACUUGCAUUAAUUCUAUAUCAUCUACUGCUUCUGCUUCCUUUCUGCUUCGAUAAACUCCAUUAUCCUCUCGGCCGCCCUCA